AUGGACGCCACACUCGGAAUCCUCGACGUCCAAGAACGAGAAGUCGGCGAUGCGACCCCGCCAACUUUUCCCACGGCUGCCGCGCCAUCGACUACGGGCUUCCCAGCACACAAGAAACGAGUCUCGGCCUUCAAGAAGCAGCGGCAGGGGAAUCAGGGUGCUGGGCCACAGGCGCCCGCUUCUUCUCGACCACAGGCCCAAAAUGCGAAUGCGAAGCCCGGAAAGGUGGACGAACGACGGGGAAUCGACCAGGAGAACAAGGCAGUGCUGGAUUCCAUGUCGCCCGAGGAGAUCGCAGAGGCACAAAAGGAACUGUAUGAGGGGAUGGAUCCCAAGUUCAUCCAAAUGCUCCUCAGACGUGCAAACCUAGACGAACCGACCGGUCCGUCGCCGUUCGAUGUAGUUCCCUCCGAGGAAGAGGAAUCAUCGAGUCUGAAUCUCCCACAGCGAGAAAACCAAAACCAUCGACAGGUCACCGUAGAAGACGACCCCGAAGACUCCGCCGAAUCUACAAAACCGACGUUGCCCACGGCAAUCAAAACCAAUACCACCGAUAAACCCAAGCCCAAGAAAACCGUCACCUUCGACGAAGACGCCGCGCCCCCCGUCCCACCCUCCGAUCUCACACCCAUAACAUCCACCAACCGCCGACCACCACCACCCACAAAAACCACCACUCCCGAGCAACCAACAACCACCGACCCAUCCGCCACCGCCAACGACAUCCCCCACAACACCCACUUCCCCCCUCCCCCCGCCAUCCCCGACCUCGACCCCUCCGACCCCGACUUCCUCUCAACAAUGCACCAAAAAUACUUCCCCUCCCUCCCCGCGGACCCCUCCAAACUAGCCUGGAUGGCGCCCCUCCCGACCCCACACUCCCCCGCCGACCGCGAAUCCCCCUACUACCCGGGCCAAUCCUCCCUCCCCGUCUCCGCCCUCCGCUUCGAUUUCCGCGGCGCCCUCCUCCCUCCGCGCAUCUCCCGCGACCUCCCCGUCACGCUAGGUCUCCACCACCACGGCGAAGCCCCCGAAGCAGCGGGAUACACCAUCCCCGAGCUGGCUCGCUUAGCGCGGUCGUCGGUGGCCGCGCAGAGGUGUAUUGCGUAUCAGACGUUGGGGAGGAUGUUGUAUCGGCUUGGGAAGGGGGAAUGGGGGGAAGGGGUUGGGGGACGGGGAGGGGAGGAGGAUGACUUGGCGUUUGGGUUGUGGAGGUGUUUUAAGGAGGGGAGGGUGGUGGAGAGUUUGGAGGGGGAGGCCGGGUUGCCGGAGGGGGUGGGGCAUUUGAGUGGGAAGGCUUAUGCGAUCGAGGCUUUGUGGUUGUUGGAGAGGGGGGGGUGGAGGGAGAAGUGGAGGGGGUUAUAG